UUAACACUCGAAAGGGGACACAGGGAGAGCCUGUGAAAACUCGGGCACUGCUGGGGCCUGUGGAUGAUUUUUUUUUUCUUUCACUUUGUAAACGUUUCUGAUGGGCGGAGCAUUUAGUCAUCUCUUCAUUUCCUAAGCUGUGUUUCAACUUCCUUCUGGAGCGAGUCCUUUCCUGCACUAAUCACAACUUUUUACAGAGCAGAACCUGACAGUGUGUGAGCCAGUGUCAGUUAUUAAAUGUACCCCUGACAGAUCCCCCAAAAUGAGAUUUGCAGCAAAAAUUCUGUGGCUUAUGCUAUGGACGGUUUGUGUGGCACAAGAUUGUAAAGAACCUCCACCAAGAAAAGAGACAGAAAUUCUGUCAGGCACCUGGCAGGAGCAGAGCUAUCCAGAGGGCACUCAGGCCACGUAUAAAUGCCGGCCUGGAUAUCGAACUUUUGGCAGUAUCUUCAUGCAGUGCCGGAAAGGGGAGUGGGUGGCCCUCAACCCAUCCAAGACAUGUCGCAAACGGCCCUGUGGACACCCUGGGGAUAUUGCCUUCGGUUCAUUCCACCUUGAAGAAGGAGAUGAGUUUGUAUAUGGUGCCAAAGUGGUGUAUACAUGUGACGAGGGGUAUCAGCUGGUAGGUGAGAUUAAUUUCCGAAAAUGUGAAGCAGAUGGGUGGACCAAUGACGUUCCCAUGUGUGAAGUUGCUAAGUGCUUGCCGGUGACAGAACCAGAGAACGGGAGAAUUAUCAGUAGUGCCGUGGAGCUGAACCAGGAGUACACUUUUGGACAAGUUGUCCAGUUUGAGUGCAAUGCCGGUUUCAUGCUUGAUCGGCCUAAAGAAAUACAUUGCUCGGCAAACGGUGUUUGGAGUGGCGAAACACCUAAUUGCGUGGCAAUUUCCUGCAAACUACCAGAAAUUUCACACGGAGUACCCAUGAAUCCUAAGAACACUUACAAAGAAAAUGACCGACUUCAAUAUAAAUGUCACAGUGGUUUUGGUUACAGUGAAAGAGCAGACACCAUAUGCACUAAGUUUGGGUGGUCGCCAACUCCUUCGUGUAAAGAAAUUGCGUGUGACCCUCCCUAUAUUCCAAACGGUAACUACAGUCCUCAAAGGACCAAAUACAGACUUGAAAAUGUAAUCACAUACCAGUGUAAAAACGGCUUUUCUCCUGCAACCCGAGGAAAUACGGUGAGAUGCACUAGUGUAGGCUGGGAGCCCCAUCCAAGAUGCACCUUUCAACCCUGUGCUUUUCCUGAAAUAAAACAUGGAAGCCUACAUAAUGAAAAUAGAUAUAAACCAUACUUCCCAGCAGCUGUAGGAAAGUGGUAUUAUUAUUCCUGUAAUGACAACUUUGUGACUCACUCACGAUCAUUCUGGGAUCACAUUACUUGCACACGAGAAGGAUGGUCACCAGCAGUGCCCUGCCGCAGAAGAUGUCUCUUCAGGUAUGUGGUACAUGGAUAUACCCCAAGUUCUGAAGAAUAUCAUAAAGAUUAUUUCCAGGGUGAUACUGUAAGAGUUGAGUGCCAUCCCGGCUACAGCCUUCCCAAUGAGCAGACCUCAAUGACAUGUACGGAGAAUGGCUGGUCCCCUCCUCCCACAUGCAUCCCUGUCAAAACAUGUUCAAAAUCGGACCUGGAAAUUCCAAAUGGAUUUAUUUCUGAAUCAGAUCCUACAUAUCCUGUACAUAAACGAGUACAAUAUAAGUGCAAACAAGGAUAUGUGACAACAGAUGGUCACACCACUGGGUCGAUUACAUGUCAGCAAAAUGGAUGGUCGGCUCAGCCCACAUGCAUUAAAUAUUGUGAUGUGCCCGUAUUUGAGAAUGCCAGAGCCACAGGUCAUGGCACGCGGUUUAAGGUCAACGAAAGGUUGGACUAUGUAUGCCAUGAUGGAUAUAAAAAUGGAAAUGGACACACCAGGGGUACCAUAGUAUGUGGUGACAAUGGUUGGUCUGACACACCCACAUGUCAGGAAAGAGAAUGCACAGUUCCCGAUAUAGAAAAACACGUAGUUGCUGAGCCAAGGAAAGACACAUAUAGAGUCGGAGACGUGCUGAAAUUCUCCUGCAGAAACAGACUUCAAAUUGUUGGACCAGAUUCAUCUCAGUGCUACCACUUUGGAUGGUCCCCUGAUCCUCCAACAUGUAAAGAGCAAGUAAAAUCGUGUGGUCUACGCCCUGAGCUCCCCAAUGGGGAAGCUAAAAGCACCCCUAAAGAAGAAUAUCAACAUGGUGAAGUGGUGGAGUAUGUGUGCAAACCUAGAUUUCUGAUGAAAGGUUCUCACAGAGUUCAAUGUCUUGAUGGAGAAUGGACAACCUUGCCCAUGUGUAUUGAGGAGGACAGCACCUGUGGAGACGUCCCUGCACUUGCUUAUGGCCAUGUGGUGUCCCCUGCCGCUCCCUAUCACCAUGGAGAUUCAGUAGAGUUCAAUUGCAGUGAAGCAUUCACAAUGAUUGGACAUAGAUCCGUUAUGUGUAUCAGGGGAAACUGGACCCAGCCUCCUCGGUGCAUUGAAACAGAUGAACGUAAGAAGUGUAAAUUAUCAAAGUCAAUUGCACGGGAGACAAACCUAUCAAAUAACGAUGACUAUACCCAUAAUAUGAACGUAAUUUACACAUGUAGAGGAAAAUCAGAACACAGACACUCAAUCUGCAAAAAUGGAGAGUGGGAUCCCGAAGUAACCUGCACAGAAGUACGAAGAUGUCCACCUCCACCACAGAUUCCCAAAACUGAAAAAAUGACAACUACAGUGAAUUAUCAGGAUGGAGAGAAAAUAUCUAUUCUGUGUCAAGAAAACUCUCUCAUUCAGGGACCAGAAGAAAUUGAGUGCAAGGAUGGAAUAUGGCAGCCGAUUCCACGCUGUGUUGAAAAACUUCCAUGUUCUCAGCCACCUCACAUCGAACAUGGAACCGUGAAUUCACCUAUCUCUUCAGAAAAAGGAGAAGAAAAACAUGAACCCCACACUUACACACAUGGCACCAAAUUAAAUUAUAUUUGUGAAGAUGGUUUCAGGAUAUCUGCAGAGGAUGGGAUAACAUGCCACAUGGGAACAUGGACUUCUCCACCUCGGUGUAUAGGACUUCCUUGUGGACCACCACCUUUGAUUAGGAAUGGUAUUGGACCUAAAAUGUUAAACAGUUACCCAUAUGGAAUAGAAGUGACGUACAGGUGUUCCAAAGGAUUUGAGAUUGAUGGACCUGCAUCUGUAAAAUGUAUAGGAGAAAGAUGGUCCCGUCCACCAGAAUGCAUAAAAGCCAAAUGUUCUGACCCACCCAGGAUUGCUAAUGCCAUACUCGUGAGUAAGCGGAAGAAAUCGUAUAGUUCAGGAGAAGAACUGACUUAUAAAUGUGACGAAUAUUACCAAAUGGAGGGAUCCAAUAUUGUGCAGUGUAUAAAGGGCAAAUGGAUAGGGGAACCAACAUGCAGAGAUGUUUCCUGUGCGAAUCCUCCCACAGUGGAAAAUGCUCGUAUUCUAGACGGGAUGCCUAGGUAUAUAUCUGGUGAUAGAGUAAGUUAUGAGUGCAUCAGACCUUUGGCCCUAUUUGGGAAUAGAGAAGUGAUAUGUUUAGAUGGAACCUGGUCAGAACCACCUCAGUGCAAAGAGUCUGAAAGAAAAUGUGGGCCCCCUCCACCUAUUCAAAGUGGAGACAUCACCACAUUCCCAUUAGCAGAAUAUGCUCCAGGGUCAUCAGUUGAAUACCAAUGCCAGUUCUUGUAUGAACUUCAGGGAAACAAGCAGAUAACAUGUAGAGAUGGAAAGUGGUCAGAACCACCAAAAUGCUUUGAAGCCAAAUGUUCUGACCCACCCAGGAUUGCUAAUGCCAUACUCGUGAGUAAGCGGAAGAAAUCGUAUAGUUCAGGAGAAGAACUGACUUAUAAAUGUGACGAAUAUUACCAAAUGGAGGGGUCCAAUAUUGUGCAGUGUAUGAAAGGCAAAUGGAUAGGGGAACCAACAUGCAGAGAUGUUUCCUGUGCGAAUCCUCCCACAGUGGAAAAUGCUCGUAUUCUAGACGGGAUGCCUAGGUAUAUAUCUGGUGAUAGAGUACGUUAUGAGUGCAUCAGACCUUUGGCCCUAUUUGGGAAUAGAGAAGUGAUGUGUUUAGAUGGAACCUGGUCAGAACCACCUCAGUGCAAAGAGUCUAAAGGAAAAUGUGGGCCCCCUCCACCUAUUCCAAAUGGAGACAUCACCACAUUCCCAUUAGCAGAAUAUGCUCCAGGGUCAUCAGUUGAAUACCAAUGCCGGUUCUUGUAUGAACUUCAGGGAAACAAGCAGAUAACAUGUAGAGAUGGAGAGUGGUCAGAACCACCAAAAUGCUUAGAUGCAUGUAUAGUAUCAGAAGAAAUUAUGGAAAAACAUCAUAUACAGUUUAAAUGGACUUAUGAGAAAAAACUUUAUUCUAGAACAGAUGAUUUUGUUGAAUUUGUGUGUAAAAGUGGGUAUCGUGAACACUCACCAAAGACUGCAUUUCGAGCACGCUGUCGGGAAGGCAAACUGGAGUAUCCCAUUUGUGUGAGAAGAUGGCGAUAGAACAAAGUCAUGAAAGUAUAAUAUGCACACUUAUUUAGAAUUUUUGUUAUUAUUCCAAUACUUCUCAAUUUUUUUCAAGCAUUGAAAAAUCAGAAAAUUUUUAUUCAUAAAUCAGAAUUUGUGUAAAUAUUAUAUGGAGGAUGUCAUGUAAUCUGAGAGACCAAUCUAUCACUUCUUAAAAGCAUCUCAUUAAAAUGUGACAAACCAAAAA